AUGAAAAAUGAAUCUUAUCAGCAUUCCUGGCCUCCUUUCUCGCAUUUUUGUCAGACGUUUCCGAUGCUCACAGUAACACUUUCCGGUUAUGGCAUGACCUUUCAACGAAACCAUCACCACACCUCGGGAAUCCCAAGAAAAGAGACACUAUGGCCUUGCCAGCUGACAUUGGCAUUCUUUGGCGUAGAAAAUCAUGCACGCAUCCAUUGCUUUGGUUGUUCUUUUCCUUCUGAUGGAGGUGGUGAACCCAGCACUCAU